AUGAUAGAGAAUAAAUGUGAAUCAGUCAAAAAGACAAAUGAAAGUGACAGUAAUAAAGAAUUUAAGGAAAAAGGUGAUAAUAAUAUAGAUAUGAAUGAAACAAAGGGAAAAAACAACAAGAUCACAACUAAAAAAAAAAGCGAUUUAAAUGAACAAGAAAAUAAUGAAAUAAGUGAUAACUAUAUUAGAUAUUUAGAAUGUAUUAAAAACAACUGGUCAUCAUCUCAAGCAUCAAAAAUUUUGAAUAAAAAAUUAAUAAAAUAUAUAUCUGAAAGAUUUUUAUAUAUGUCUAGCUCAUUAAAAGUACGAGUAUUAACAAGUUUUUUUUAUCUAACUGAUAAAUUGAGAACAGAGAGUGAAAUAUAUUUAUUAUUAAUUGCAUCAAAUGGAGAAAUAGAUGGAAAUGGAUGGGUAAAAAAAUUUAGUAGAAUUUUAAAGCCAUUUAUUAAAACAGGAAUAAUAGAUAUUAAGGAUAUAGAUAGUCAAACAAUGCAUAGAAUUUUAAAUUAUAUUGAUCAAAAUAAUGGUAGUAAUUAUAGCACAAAAAAUAAUAAAUAUUAUUUUCAUAAUAAAAAGGAAUUGGAGCAUAUACAUAUGUGUGAUCCCAUAAAUGAGUUAAAAAAUUUGGAAAACAAAAAUAUUAUACAUUUAGAUGAAUAUAAAAUGUUUACUCCAUCAAAAAAUUUUGAUUGUCUCCUAUCAUCGGUAAUUAAUUAG